AAUUUAUCGGCACGGACUGGCGGAUAAUGAUGGGUUUCAGCGCAUUUGAACGCAGAUCUUGCUAUCCAGAUCGAAAGUGAAGUUCAUGGAGGAGGAAUUUUCUGCAACUAUCAAGGAAUAUCAAACCGUUUUAGAGUCAGUGGAUAAAAAGCUUACGUCAGUCAUUACUAACGAUCGAUUUCUUAAUGACCUUAUUCCGAAGUCCAAUCACGAAGGUGAAUUCGUAAACCUGCCAAUAAACAGAGAAGUGAUGAAUGCUAUAGAAAUUCACUUUGGGCGAGCUAUGCGUCUAACGUUGUUGAGAGGAGAUGGUGUAAGACUACCUAUGGUAGUUCCUGUUGAUGCUCGUGUUUUGGAAUUGCGAUGGGCAGUACAAGAUGCAGUUACUUCGUACAUGAACCAUCUCCAUAGUGCAUCAAAUUUACCAAAAGAUAACUGUAAAGAAGAUUCCGCCGACUGUAUUCCGUCCAGCAAUAUUCCUUCGAAGUCGAUUAGCUGGCGUAAUUUGUGGAAAACGAAAUGUCUAGCUCUAGUGAACCCACAUAGUUUGUGUUCAUCAGAAGGUCUUCCGUCUAUCAGUGCUAGACUAGAUGUAUUAACUAAUAAGUUAUCAUAUUAUCAAAUUCGUAAUGGUGCAGUGAUCACUUUUGCUCCUCAGCUUAAGCGAAAAUGA